UUGGGAAAGAGCUAAAAGGGGGGAGAUGUGAUGAGAUGUGAUGCGAGCUAUCUGCGGUUCCACUCCUGACCUGCAGGGGGCACGGCAGGGGGGUGUUGCAGAAUGAGAGAGACUGAUAGCAUGUUGUAAAGCGGAGCUCGGUUCGGAGUGCAUUAAUAAAGAGGUUCCGAAGCUACUUCCAUGAGUCAGUGGAUUCAUGACAGUUUCAUGAACAGUUUGAAUAAAGAUUUUUCCAAAACGGUAGCUCGACAUUACCGCCCUCUUCAGUUCUGGAAUGCAAUUGCACUGUUUCCAUAUAUGGUAUUGUGCCCAGUGCCCACUCCCCGCCCCGUGCUACAACCAUCGACAUUAAUAUAUGCCGAGACACGAUCGCUGUGCUGUUCUGAGAUAACUCGGUGGACUUGCUGUUAGCUAAACACGGCUAAAGAAAACCUGCUACCCCUUCAGGAUCAUCCAUAUGCUGGGACUGAUUCAUCGUGUGUUCUUCACCAUCUGGACCUGGCCAGCAUGGAUACAGAUUCAAGGAAGAGAGAGGAGACGGAUGAGAAACCUCUGCUCUUACAUUUCCACAACCAUCCAAUGAAAGACGGAGGUGUCCAAACCAGCAGCUUGGCUGGGCAGAUGACAGCAAAAGUUGGUGGAGGAGCAGAAACUAGCAAGAACCUAGAUCUGGACCCUAAUGAAAAUACAUCUGAUUCUUCAGAGAUUGAAGUUAGUGGAGAAGAUGAAGAUGAUGUGAAUCUAGACUCUGAGCGUUCAGACUCUGGGCCUGAAACUGGAAAAGGAGACCAUGGCUGUAAUGAGAACAAGUCUUCAGAGUCAGAUAUUAAGACCGUCAAUAAAUCAUUUAGCUGCCCUGUGUGUGGUAUACGGUUCCUCCACAAGUGGUCUCUUCAGAAACAUGUGAAAGUGGCAAGUCACUCAGCAGUAAAGUCUUCAGAGUGUUUGGUUAAUACAAAAUGUGUGAAAGAGAAGCAACAUGGAGGCUCAUGCAGAAAAGUCCAGAAACAACCUAAAUCAUUUAGUUGUGAUGACUGUGGGAAAAUAUUUAACCUAAAGUCCAGUUUAACCCGUCAUAUGAAAGGCCACACCGGGGAGAAGCCUUUUGCGUGUGACCUUUGUGGACAAAGAUUUAGCCAUAAAAAUAGUUUAAACUGUCACAUGAGAGUCCACACAGGAGAGAAACCUUUUGCCUGUGAGCUCUGUGGGAAUAGAUUUAGUCAAAAAGGACAUUUAAACAAACACACGAGUGUCCACACAGGACAAAAGCCUUUUGCCUGUGAGCUCUGUGGACAAAGAUUUAGCCAUAAACAGCAUUUAAACACACACAUGAGAGUCCAUACAGGAGAGAAACCUUUUGCCUGUGAGCUCUGUGGACAAACAUUUAGCCAUAAAGGUCUUUUAAACACACACAUGAGAGUCCACAGAGGAGAAAAGCCUUUUGCUUGCGAGCUGUGUGGGAAUAGAUUUAGUGAAAAGGGAAAUUUAAACAAACACAUGAGUGUCCACAUCGGACAGAAGCCUUUCGCCUGUGAGCUCUGUGGACAAAGAUUUAGCCAUAAACAUAGUUUAAACACACACAUGAGAGUCCACACAGGAGAGAAGCCUUUUGCUUGUGAGCUCUGUGGGAAUAGAUUUAGUGUAAAGGGAAAUUUAAACAAACACAUGAGUGUCCACACAGGACAGAAGCCUUUCGCCUGUGAGCUCUGUGGACAAAGAUUUAGCCGAAAGUCACAUUUAAACAUUCACAUGAAAGUCCACACAGGAGAGAAGCCUUUUGCUUGUGAGCUCUGUGGAACGAGAUUUAGCCAAAAGACAACUUUAAACACACACAUGAGAGUCCACACAGGAGAUAAGCCUUUUGCCUGUGAGCUAUGUGGACAAAGAUUUAGCCAUAAACAUAAUUUAAACUCACACAUGAGAGUCCACACAGGACAGAAGCCUUUCGCCUGUGAGCUCUGUGGACAAAGAUUUAGCCGAAAGUCACAUUUAAAUAUUCACAUGAAAGUCCACACAGGACAGAAGCCUUUUGCUUGUAAACUCUGUGGAAUGAGAUUUAGCCAAAAGACAAAUUUAAACACACACAUGAGAGUCCACACAGGAGAGAAGCCUUUUGCCUGUGAGCUCUGUGGACAAAGAUUUAGCCAUAAACAUCAUUUAAACAGACACUUGAGAGUCCACAAGGACUGAAGCCUUCCGCCUGUGAGCUCUGUGGACAAAGAUUUAGCCAAAAGUCACAUUUAAACAUUCACAUGAAAGUCCUCACAGGAGAGAAGACUUUUGCCAGUGAGCUUUGUGGAACGAGAUUUAGCCAAAAGUCAACUUUAAACACACACAUGAGAGUCCACAAAGGAAAGAAGCCUUUCGCCUGUGAGCUCUGUGGAACGAGAUUUAGCCGAAAGACAAAUUUAAACAUUCACAUGAGAGUUCACACUGGCUUUUCUCCUGUGAGUGUGGUGGAAAAGAUUUUCCCAAAAAAUCAAUUUAAGCGGUCACAAAAGAGUCCAUAAAAGACAGAAACAUUUUGCUUUUGAGCUCUGUGGACGAAGAUUUAGCCGAAAGAAAACUUUAAACAAUCAUCUAAGCAUCCUCUAGGGCUGAACGAUCUAUUGAAGGUGUCUCCAAAUUUUACUGGCCCGUGAGCUACUUUUACACAAUGAAAGUACAGCAGAUUUACUGCCAUAUGAUUUAUUUACAUUGAUACUUUCCAUGUGUGAAUGUGCUUAUGUUAAACUAAUGCUAUACUUCCUAUAUUAACAUGCAUUGUACUCACAAGUUGAUUUCUCUGUAUUUCAGUACAUCAGUAUAUAUAUUUUUUAAAAGUAUAAGUAAACUAGUGACAUUCUGAAAACCAAAUUGAACAAAACAUAUUUAGUUUAUUAAACUAAUCAGAUACUUUCAGAUAAUGAAUAACAAAUCUACUUCAUGUGAAUGAUUUGAUAUUUUUUAGAAGCUUAGUAACAUAAAUUUUUAAGCACACAGGAACACCUAACCUGUAAAGCUGAUGAUAUUUUAUAUAAAA